AUGGUUACCAUUUUGGUUAAAGACAUUACAAUUGUCAAUGUCUAUAAUCAACCGAAACCAUCCAAGAAAUACCCUGAGCCACCGGUUUUUGAGUUUCUCAAACGGGAGAUCAAGGAACAAUACUCAAAGAUUGUCAUUGCAGGUGAUUAUAACUUACAUCACAAGGAAUGGGAGUCAAGGGCAGGUCCGAAUACGGAAGCAGAUGAAGUUGUUGAGUGGCUACAUGAAAAUGAUAUGAUGUUAAUUACUCCAAGAAAUCAAAAAACAUACAACAAUAGAACCAAUAUUGAUUUGGUUUAUGGCUCAGUGGACUUACUUCAUAGAAUUUCAUUUAGUGGAGUGGAUGAAAAUACACUAAGUGAUCACUCAAUUGUGGAGUGGGACAUUUAUAUGUCUCAGAGUAAAAACAGGGAUGAAGUUUUACUUCGGUGA